AUGGAAACAAGAAGAAAGAGGAAAGCACCUGGACGAAAGGAUUCCAAGGAAUCUGGAGGGAAACCUCAGCCAAAUGGAGUGGGACAAGAACAUAUAGUGGAGAAAGAUGCAGUCUAUCGUCCGGUUGGAAGGGGAAGGGGAAGAGGCAGAGCUCACAACAGGGGGAGUGGCUCUGGGAAUGAUCCAGGGCGGGUGAUGACAUAUUCAGGAGAGGAUGGACAUGUUGACUGUAAGAAAGACUUGCUGGUCAUUAAGGUGGAUAACACACCAGGGACAAAGUCAGAUCAGGUGGAAGUGGAGUAUUCUGAUGGAGAAAAUGAAGCACAUAGUGGAGAUCACACAGCAGCCCACCAUAAGAAGGCAGGGCCACAUGCUGAAGAACUGUGGUGGGAUGAAGAGGGGGAUGAUAUAGGGCUGGAGUUGCAGGGAAUCCCAGCUGAAGAUGAUAUUUUUGAACAGAAAGACUUGUUUAAUGAUUAUCAUGGGGAAGGAUAUGAUAAAAAUGGCCAUUUUGAGGAUGCUCGAGGACAAACAAGUCAAGGAGAUGCUGAUGAAUGGGAGGACUGUACUACAAGUGAAGAUUUUUCUACUGACAGAAGUCAGAGCCAGACAUCAGUAUCAGAUGAUCUGACCUCUCCCCUCAAGGUUAAUCUUAAUCCUGAUGCACCUGUCUUUACUCCAGCUUCACAAACAUCACCCAGCCCACUGGCAGCAAAGGUCAGUAAAGAACAAAAGAUUGAAAAGGCAUCACUUAAAGAAAAAAAGACCAAAGAGUUGAAAGUUGGAGACAGAAAUAUCUCCAAAAAUAAAGAGGAAAAAGCCCCACUGGACAGCAAAAAGGAGAAAACUGAACAUUCCAAAAGUGACACAGAUCACUCUGACUCUGGAAAGGCAGUCACAAAGCCUGAAGAGUCUUCAUUAGCUCCCUCUGAGGAGGAGCUCAAAGGUGAGGUAUUUGAGAAACCAACAAUGGCCGACUCUCAUACCACACAAGAAGAACCUCCUGUAAAGGCAGACACUAACCCUGAUGAUAAGGGUCAGUCUGAUGAAAAUCAGAAUUUGAUUGAUCCUCCCACAGAUAUGCUGCCUAAAGAAGAAGCAGAUCAAGAUGACACCAAGAAGAAUUCUCAAAGUGAGACUGUAGAUGCUGAGAAACAAAAACCUGAGGUUGAGGAUGAAACAGAUUCUCAUGAUGAUAUAGCACAAGAAGCCAUUGAAGAGAGAAUGGUUGCCACACCAGUGUACCAAUACUUUUCAGAUGAAUGUUGCUUUUCUUCUGAUGAUAGCUUCAGGGAUCCAGAUUUUUUGUGUUCUAAAAGUGAGGUGGAAAGGAGUUUUAGUAGUGAUUCUGACGAUGAAAGUGACACUUUAUUCAGGCACAAAAAAAGAAAACUUGAACACAAUGUCAAUAAGGCUAAAAAAAGGAAUCUCAAUAAAAACUUGGAAGAAAAGGAUAAUGUUUCCGACAUUGAAGACGAUUCCUCUAUAAAUGUAGAAACAAGAGGUACUGAGAAUGAAAAAUCCAAUAAUGCUGUGAGAAGGGGAUACAGUUUGUUGUACAGUGGAUUGAUUGAUGAAGAUACUUCAGUUGUGAAAAUGUUGGACAGGAUGCGAAAUGAUGAAGUAAAAGAUGUGGUUAUGAACGAUUCCAUAAUAAAGAAGUAUGCUUCAUUACGAGUAGAGUCUCUAGGAAGCAAAGAAGAUCAGAAAAUUGGUGACAUGCACCGGAUCUCACAAUGUUGUCGAACACUGGGACGCUUGAUUAUUGAAUGCAAAAAAUUGAAUUCUACUGCAAUGAUUACUUUGGAUACACUUGUGUCCCCACAUCAUUUUGAUUUAGUUGUUUCUGCAACUCAAUCAAUGUCUGUGUCUGGAGAAAAUCCUGCAAUUUCACUUGGAAGUUUUAUUGGGAACAUUUUCGGACACAUAAUACAAAUAAAGACUGGAGAAGCACUUAGAUCCAAUGAUGAAAAGAGAAGCCAGGAGGCCAGUGAUUUUCAGAAACUAUUCGAAUCUGAAUGGAAUUACAGAGUGAAUGCAGUUUGCACAAGAAGAAAAAACACACUGAAUAGGAAGAGAAUCCAAGUGCUUCCACUUACAGAGGAUUUACAAACUCUGCGUGACCACAUAAUGUUGAAGAUGAAGGAAACAUCAUCGAAGUUAAAGACAACAAAGAUGGCAUGUGAUUGGGUUGAAUUAGCCAAACUAACCUUAUCUAGACUUAUCCUCUUCAACAAAAGAAGAAGAGCUGAAGUAAAAGACUUAAAAGUACAGGAUUACCAAUGCCGUCCUGACUGGAAGACAGAACAAAGAGGGGAAUUUGAAAUGGCCUUAACAUCAGCAGAUAAAAUUUUGGCUAACAGAAUGGACAUGGUCUUGAGUGCAGGCAAAUCCAAAAAAAAUGUGGAUGCAUAUGUCCUUCUUCCACCGGACACAAGAGAAGCGAUUGACCUAUUAAACUCACUAAGGAAGGAAGUUGGGGUACCAGUAAAUAAUGAAUACAUAUUUGCAAGAUUGAAUGCAGAAACACCAAUGGCUGGACAUACAGACUUAAAAGAAAUUGUUAAUGGCUGCCCAGGUCUAAAAGAACCAUCAAAGAUCAGCUCAACAAAUCUUAGAAAAUAUAUUGCCACAGUGUCGCAGAUCCUUGACAUGACAGAUAAUGAAGUAGAAAUGCUUGCAAGACAUCUAGGUCACGAUGUGAAGACUCAUAAAGAGAACUAUCGUUUGUCUCAUUCAACAAGAGAACUUACAAAGGUCUCACAACUUCUGAUUGCAGUAGAGUCUGGGUUUGUAAAUAAAUGGAAAGGAAGGAACCUGUCAGAUAUAUCAGUGGAUGAUUUAACAGACUUGUGUUUGAGUGACCAGAAAGCCAGUGGGGUCAACAAAGAUGAUAGUGGAAUGUACGCAGACCAAAAUACAGCUGAUGAUGGUUUAACAAACUUGUGUUUGAGUGACCAGAAAGCCAGUGAGGUCAGCAAAGAUGAUAGUGGAAUGUACCCAGACCAAAAUACAGCUGAUGAUGGUUUAACAAACUUGUGUUUGAGUGACCAGAAAGCCAGUGGGGUCAGCAAAGAUGAUAGUGGAAUGUACCCAGACCAAAAUACAGCUGAUGAUGGUUUAACAAACUUGUGUUUGAGUGACCAGAAAGCCAGUGGGGUCAGCAAAGAUGAUAGUGGAAUGUACCCAGACCAAAAUACAGCUGAUGAUGACUUGAAUGACAGAGAAAAUGAAAAUAACAGUCAAUCAAGUGCAACUAGAGACAUCAUGGACAUUGAGACACAGUCAAAAAAAGGAAAACGAGGUACUAAAAGAAGAUGGACAAAUGAAGAAACAGAGUUUCUUCGAAAGAAAUUUAAAGGAUACAUUUUGGGCAUUCAGAUAAGUGUUCAUCAGUCAGAAUUGAAGGAGGCCCAAAAGAUAUGCCCAACAAGGACAUUGCCACAAAUAAGGGCAAAAUUGAAUAACAUCAAGCUGGGGAAAUCAACUUGA